UUGGCUUAGCCUGCCGCUGGAAAGCAUAAACAGCAUUCCGGUGCGGCGCGGAGGCCGCCGGCCGGCCGGACGCCGGGCGAGCGGUGUGGCGUGUGGAGCACCAGACUCCACCGCUGUGAGAGCAAGCUGCAGGGUCGUCCGUCGAGCCACCGCAGUAACGCCUCCUUCGCCUUCGUCAUGUUCGUGGCGCUGCUGGCCAUCAUGCUGGCAGUGCUGGCCACAGCUCUGUACAGCGUGCUCAAGAAGAACAACCAUCCGCCAGGUCCGAGAGGCCUGCCGCUGAUCGGCCGGGCACUCUCCAUAGACUGGGGCCACCCGGACCGCAGUUUCACCGAGUGGAGCCGCCGAUACGGGCCGAUAAUGAAGGUGACCGCCGGCUGGGAGACCAUGAUCGUCCUCUCCGACCCCGAUUUGAUCCGAGAGGCGUUCAACGGACCGUUGGCUGUCGCCCGCCAGAGCAGCCCCGGCUUCGAGCUUCUGUAUGCCGACAAGGGGAUAAUUCUCACUAGUGGUGGAUUGUGGCACGAGACACGGCGUUUUACCCUCUUUCACUUGAAAAACUUUGGCAUGGGCCGGUCCAGGUCGGUUGAAAUAAUCCACGAUCAGAUCAAAGAGUUCAUAGAGGAGGUGAUGGAGCCCAGCAAAGGACAGCCGACAUCGGUGGACCAUAGCCUAAACGUCGCCAUCCUCAACAUCCUCUGGGCAUUGGUCGCCGGGGAGAUCGUCAGCAUAAGGGACGCCAAACUGCUUAAGAUCAUAGAAAAACAGGACGAAUUCGCCAACAAAGGCCGGAUGUUUUUACUUUUUGCGAACGUUCCCUGUUUGAUGCUACUGCCAGAGGGGAUCACCGGCAUCAAGAAGAUCCUUGCCAUUUUCCACUACCCAAUCGACCAUCUGCUGCUGCCGGCGAUAGAGAGCCACCGGCGCACGGUGGAUCUGACCGGAGAGCCGCGCGACUACAUCGACUGUCUGCUGCAGGAGCAGAGCCGCCAGCCGGAGCUGUUCACCGACCGGCACCUGCUGCGCUGCAUCCUUGAUCUCUUCGUCGCCGGCUUCGACACCACGGCCAGCACGCUGCGCUGGGCCUUCUGCUUCCUCUGCACCCAUCAGGACGUCCAGCAGCGACUGCACGACGAGAUCUGCCGCGUCAUCGGCCGAGAGCGGCCGCCAGAGCUCGCGGACAAGGCGAGCAUGCCCUACACGGAGGCCUUCAUCAUGGAGACCCAGCGUCUGUCCAGCGUUUCCGGUAUUGGCGUGGCACACGUGAGCACAGCUGAGUUCCGGCUGGGCGGCUACACGGUGCCACGCGGCGCCCAGGUCAUCUCCAACCUGGCCGCUGUCCACCUCGACGACAGGCUGUUCCCGGAGCCUCACCGGUUCCGUCCCGAGCGGUUCCUGGACGAGCGCGGCCAGCUGCGACCCAGCCGCGCGCUGAUGCCCUUCUCGGUGGGCAGGCGCUCCUGUCUGGGCGAGACGCUGGCGCGCACUGAGCUCUUCCUGUUCGUCACCAGCGUGGUGCAGCGCUACAGACUCCGGUUCCCCGACGGCUUCCAGCACGACUUCACCAUCAAUGAGUCCAAGGCUUUCAUCAAGGAACCGACUCCGUACCAGCUGAUACCGGAGAGGCGAUGGUAGUCUUCCAGACACGCGUCCUGGCUUCAAAAGUGCCAUUUUCGGGAAGAUUGAGAAUGUCAACCAGAUGUGCACGUUCAGGUAACGAAAGUUUACGGAAGUAUGUAGUGUCUUAGUGCGACCAUGGUUCGAGGAGAAAUGUUCGGAAAUCGGAUAAAACAAGUUUAAACGCCCUGAGCUAACAUAUUUUACGAAUCGUUCGUGAUCGUUCACUAACAAAUGCAAUUGGCCUUUCAUGCAGCAUCUCGUCGGAGUGGCCUAUCACCGUCGGCAUCACGUACGUCGUUCGUAUCACCGUUCGAGCGAACUGUCCCCGCACCAGACUGUCAGGUUCAGAACAGGACCAUGUGACGGAGGGCAGUGCAGCAGCGCACGCGACCACCCGAAUUUGGCGUGGUUGGCAGAGGCGAGAGCGCAGCCAGCUGGCACUGCGGGGAAGCCGUGACUCAAGAUAGUGUACGAGGGUUUAUUGUUCCCCGCGCCUUUCAGAAGUGUGGUAACUAAUGCCAUGUUUUAUUAUCAUAAGACAGUAUCAAAGUUCCGAGCAACGUCGACGCUCCACAAAAGUGGCGGCGGGGAGUGUUCGAGUUGUUUAUUUAGCAGUGUUCUGCCAGGAGGGGUUUGUCGGUAAUCGCUAUUGUAAGGUCCCGCUCUGCAGGGUAUGUGAGUACUUACUCAAUGAGAAAAACCGUUUAGGAUUUCACAGGGCCCUCAUUGCGGUUCCGCUGCACCUGGAUAUUUUUGUUCUUUUUCACAUAUACAACGCUUAGGUAUAACGACUUACAAAUAGCUACCUAAAGUAGACGGAACAAUACGGUUAAAGAGGAAAUUAAAAGCAUCUGAAGAGGAAAUUAGAAGUUGGUGAUUGACGCCUUUUGGACUACUACUAACGACGUCAAAAGGAUAUGCAAUUAAUCAGUACAUUAAAGCACAUUCAUUUUCAGGGUAAAUUUGACAUUUCAUACAUUAUAUCUCCCUCCUAUCUCCCUCUCUUUUUCGCUGGCGUUCUCUCUCUUCUCUCUCUCUCUCCCUCUCUCUCUCUCUCUCUCUCUCUCUUUCUCUCUCCCUCUCUCUCUCCCUCUCUCUCCCUCUCUCUUUCUCUCUCUCUCUCUCUUUCUCUCUCUCUCUCUCUCUCUCUCUCUCUCUCUCUCUCUCUCUCUCUCUCUCUCUCUCUCUCUCUCUCUCUCUCUCUCGUUCUCCAGCUCUCUCCGACAGGCUAAUUACCACGGUUUAUUCUUGUGUGAUUAUCUCUGCUCUGGCUCCAUCCCACGGUGCGUGAUCUGUCACACGGCUGUCCGCCCACAAAUCUUAUUCAACCUUCUUUCGGCGAGCAGACUGAUCGAGACAAAUAAUAGCCUUUUGAAGUUCACGCUAUUCCGUAACGUUUUCGUAAAACGCUUUUAUGAAAAGAACGGUAGCUUGGGAACUACUGCAGUCAUUUCUUGACCUUUCAUUGUCAAAUUAAAAGCUAAACAUUUGUGAGAAAAAUGUGCGAUCCAGAAAUCAAUAAUGUCAAUACCUAUUUUAUUAUGUAGCAUUUGAAUUCUUCGAAAUAUGCCUACAUAAGCUGUAAACGGAAAAAACAAGGCCGUGGGAUCGGAUAGUGAUCCGUCGAGUAUGCGAACCUUAUGAACCCUUUGUUUUCAAUGAUGAUGGAUCGAAAAAUAGCCAAGAAAAGUGACAUAUACGUUUCCGAACACA